AUGUUCCGGUUGCUUCUGCUGGGCAUAGUCAUGGUGCUCUUCAUGGAUGAGGGAGACAGAGUUCUGACACAGAAAUGGGUUCGAUAUUGCAAUGAAUGUAAACACUUUGAUGGAUACAAAUGCGUGGGUGGCAUGAAAAAAUGCUGGAAGUUUGAUAUAUAUCGUCACAACAGGAGUUGUUCCACAGAGAAUUUUUACGCUAGUGAUCGUUUAACAGGGCGAUACCUGUUUCGUUACACAAAACUAUCUUGUAAGCCCUGUGAGGAGGGAAUGUUCCAAUUAUUCCAUGACCUCCUGAGAGAAACAUUUUGCUGCACUGAUAAAAACAGGUGUAAUAAUGGCUACAAUAAUUUAGAUAUUACAAGGUUACAUGGAUUAGAGCAUGAAGAUGAAUUGAUGAGUGCUGGUUCAGAAAAAGAUGAAGAUUAA